GCCGUCGCCGCCGCGGCGUGGGGGCGGGGCUGAAGCGUCGCCAUCAUUCGGCUCUGGCUAGAUUCUGGUUAGCUACCGGUUAGUUCUUAGCUAGUUCCUGACUGUGCAGCAAUUACCGUCGAUUUGUGCGUUUACUCCCCAUUAGCCGCACUCUGCGCCUAUUCUGGCCGCUUUUCAUCCAGUGUGAAGCUGCAUCUGGAGCUCUAGCGACGGGUCGGCCGCUCUCUGUGGACGUAGAGAGCAACGAGAGGCGGUGGGGCUCCCAGCUGAGGCUAGUUAGCUCAGUGCUAGCCUGUUAGCUUACGUUUUCAGGGCCAUAUCUGUGAAAUAACAGCGAAACGUGCGCGUGAGGUACACUUUGGAUGCUGAACUGUUGGUUUGUUUGUGAGUUUGCGCCCAGGACCUGAAGCCCGUGUGUGGAUCUGCUUCAGGACAGCCGUUGAAACGAGCUGGCAUCGCCCCGUCUUCACUUGUCUACAGGGUUGGGUGAGAGGAGGGCACCAUGUCUGAAGGGGAGCCAAAAGGCACCCAGGACCUGGUGCAGGAGGUGAAGGAGCCCGCCCCAGCAGCGGGGGCAGGGGCCUCUGUCUCUCCUCCUGUGUCUGUAGUGGCUCAGCCCCCUCCCUCCACCUCCUCCACCACAGCUACUGCUGCUACAGAGGAUGAGGAGGAGGAGAGCGAAGACGAGUCUGAGAUCUUGGAGGAGAGCCCGUGUGGACGUUGGCAGAAGCGCAGAGAGGAGGUGAACCAGCGAAAUGUCCCUGGGAUAGAUAAUGCCUACCUGGCCAUGGACACAGAGGAGGGGGUGGAGGUAGUGUGGAAUGAAGUUAUGUUUUCAGAAAGGAAGAACUUCAAGCUACAGGAGGAAAAGGUGAAGGCCGUUUUCGACAAUUUGAUCCAGUUGGAGCAUUUGAACAUUGUCAAGUUUCAUAAAUACUGGGCGGACGUCAAAGAAAACCGAGCCAGGGUCAUUUUUAUCACGGAGUACAUGUCAUCUGGAAGCCUGAAGCAGUUCUUAAAAAAGACUAAGAAAAAUCACAAAACAAUGAAUGAAAAGGCCUGGAAACGCUGGUGCAUCCAGAUCCUGUCUGCGCUCAGUUACCUUCACUCCUGUGAGCCUCCCAUCAUCCACGGCAACCUGACAUGUGACACCAUCUUCAUCCAGCACAACGGACUCAUCAAGAUCGGCUCUGUUGCCCCAGACACCAUAAAUAACCACGUGAAGACAUGUAGAGAGGAGCAGAAGAGCCUUCACUUCUUUGCUCCAGAGUAUGGAGCUGUUGCCAAUGUGACCACAGCUGUGGACAUCUACUCCUUUGGGAUGUGUGCCUUAGAGAUGGCUGUGUUGGAAAUCCAGAGUAAUGGAGACUCCUCCUAUGUUUCUCAAGAGGCCAUAAACAGUGCCAUUCAGAGUUUGGAGGACCCUCUGCAGCGGGAGUUUAUCCAGAAGUGUCUGGAGGUGGACCCCAACAGGAGGCCCACAGCUCGAGAGCUCCUGUUCCACCCGGCUUUGUUCGAAGUGCCCUUACUAAAGCUGCUGGCAGCCCACUGCAUUGUCAGCCACCAGCACAUGAUCCCUGAGAAUGCUCUGGAGGAGAUGACCAAGAACAUGGAUCCCAAUCUAGUGAUUGUUGAAGCAAAGCAAGGAGUCCAGAUGAAGCUCUCCCAGUUUCCUGCACUGGAGCUGGACAAGUUCCUGGAAGAUGUCAGGAAUGGUAUCUACCCUCUGACGGCCUUCGGGAUGCCCUGUCCACAGCAGCCACAGAGAGAGGCUGUCAAAUCGCCUAUAGUUCCUCCAUCUGUGAAGACCCCAACUCCUGAACCUGCUGAGGUGGAGACCCGGAAGGUGCUUCAGAUGCAGUGUAACAUUGAGCCUGUAGAUGAAGGCACUAAGCAUCAUCUGACAUUGUUGUUAAAACUAGAGGAUAAACUCAACAGGCAUUUAAGUUGUGACUUGUUACCAAAUGAGAAUGUGCAGGAGUUGGCAGUGGAGCUUUUUCAGUUGGGAUUCAUCAGUGAGGGUGAUCAGCCCAAACUGGCAUCAGUUCUUGAAGAGGCCUUCUCCAAGUUCUACAGUAGAAAUGGCUCCCUCAAUCCAGUCACAGUAUCUUCAUAGCGGCCUCUGUACAACAAGUUUAAGCAUUAGCCUCCCUCUGUGCUACACUCAGGGACUGACACUAGCGUUAGUCUCCCUCUGUGCUGCAUUCAUUGACGGCCUAGGAUUAGCGUCCCUCUGUACUGCAUUCAGUGACGACCUAGCAUCAGCGUCCUUCUGCUGUGUUCAGGGUCAGACUUACGUUAGCCUUCCUCUGUGCUACGCUCAGGGAUAGACAAGCAUCAGUGUCCCUCUGUGCUACGCUCAGGGACAGACUAGCGUUAGCCUCUCUGUGCUACACUCAGUGAAAGCCUAGCAUUAGCGUUUCUCAGCGCUACACUCAGUGAAAGCCUAACAUUAGCCUUUCUCAGCGCUACACUCACUGAAAGCCUAGCAUUAGCCUUCCUGUGUGCUACACUCAGUGAAAGCUUAGCAUUAGCCUCUCUCUGUGCUGCGUUCAGGGAUAGCCUAGCAUUAGCAUUCUUCUGUGCUACUUUCAGGCCCAGAGGAGAGUGUGGUCUGUUUCAGAUCUGUUCUUUUUGGGGGAGAUGCUGCCACUAAGUGGCUUUCUCUUUCCAUGGUUCAGCCAUCUGCUUCUCUUCUGAAGAGAGCUGUAGUGUAUGUUUCAGGACAAUGAGCUUCACCUGGGGCUUAUUUCUUCUAUGUAGUGACCGAGUGCAUUUGAGCUUGGACAGAGCAGUGUUUUCCUUCAGUCAGUAUUAAACUUGUACUAUUUUUUACUGUGGACUGCUGUGUGGAGUGGGCCCAUGUUAAUGGUCUAGGUUAGGUUACUGUUUGCUUUAAAGUAGAAACUGAAGCAUUGUCCACUCCUCUGCUCACAAGGAGGAAAUACAUACUGCUACUCACUUUAUAUGGGACUUGGGUUGUUAGUAUAGCCAGGACACAGCUAUAAGACAGUGGUGGUUGGCAUCAAUAGAGUGGGUUUCUCCACCAGAGGCCCUCACACCGGUCGAGCCAAACUUGUGUAACGUUCCUGUCAAUGCUAAUACAAUUAAAACUAUUUAUUGCGACUCUGUACUUCUGCCAAUGGUUAUUUGAAUGUGUGCUUCAUAUUGUAUUUGGAAAAAAUAUGCAACAUACAUUUUCAGAUUGGAUUUACUCAUCAUUGCAAUGCAUUCACGGGAAAUGUGUUUGCUCAACCCAAAGUAUUUCUUCAUUAGUUCCAUGGACUGCUCCUUUGCACAAAACGAUCUGGACUGUGGAGACAUGUCAGUUUAGGAUCUAUGUGAGGGUGGAAAUCUGAAAUAGCAUUAGACGUAUUGUGUUAUAGCUGUGUAGACCAGGUUAAUGUGUGAGUAUGGGGUUGGCUUAAGAUCGGUUUGUUUUAAUAUAUUGUAACAUUGUAUGCGGGGCACUAUUUCAGCAAUGCAUUUACUCCCUUUUUCACUUCAUAAAAAUAAAAAUUCACCCAUUCAUGGU